AUGGCCACUAUUCUUGGAGGUGUUCUGGUUGAUGCGUCUAUUUCAACUGAAUCUGCAAGUACUGAAUCUGCUGUUGUCAUGGACUCAAAAGUUACUCAAUCAGUUGCUAUUACAUAUUCUAUAGUUGCUGAAUCAGUUGUUGUUACAGAUUCUACAGCUGUUGAACCAGUUGUUGUUGCAGAUUCUGCAGUUGUUGAACCUGUUGGUAUGAUGGACCAGCCUAUCUCUGAAGAAUUAGGACGUGCGACGCAAGAUCCUCGUUGGCGUGAGGCUGUUAGCAAAGAAAUCAAUGCACUUAAGCUUAACAAGACAUGGAAAGAACAAAUGACUACUUAA